GUCGACCGCAGCUGCAAUGCAACGGCACGGCUAGUCCUCGUUCUCAACCGGGCGUCGGAGGCUCCGACGCCCUGCCGAUCCGUGUGGUAAUCACGUGACUUAUCGGUUGGCGGAAAAAGAAUUUCAUCCAAAGCUGCCGAACCCUGCGCGUCCUUAUUCCUGCUACUAUCUCACUCAUCUCAUUCUCGCAUCAUGUUUUAUCCCGCGCCUUACGUCGAGUAAUAAUAAUAUCCUUACAACUAGCUGUCACCUGUAUCUGCAGCCAUACCUGAUAGCGGGACAACUCCUAUCCAUUGGUCCGUCUUCCUGUGCCUUGGUUCUAGGCCCCAGUUAGAAUGUCCCUGGUAUCGGGCCCCGGCAAAGGCGCCGGUUCUUCUUCUAUCCACGAGGUCUACGUACAGAAACAUGUCGACUAUAUCAAGAAUCUUGACACUAGGAGGGACGAGCUGGAAUACUGGCUUACCGAGCACCUACGAAUCAAUGGCGUAUACUGGGGAUUAACUGCUCUCCAUCUUCUAGGCCACUCGGAAGCAUUGCCUCGUAAAGAGACUAUCGACUUCGUCCUUUCGUGCCAGCAGGAUAAUGGGGGUUUCGGUGCUGCUCCUGGCCAUGAUGCCCAUCUGCUGUGCACAGUCUACGCGGUUCAAAUCCUAGUCACCCUGGAUGCUGUAGACGAGCUAGAAACCCGAGGCCGAGGAGGCAAGCAGAAGGUCGCGUCCUACAUUGCACGCUUGCAGGAUAAGGAAACGGGGUGUUUUAUGGGCGACGAGUGGGGAGAGACGGAUACCCGAUUUCUCUACGGUGCCUUCAAUGCUCUAUCAUUGUUGGGCUCCCUUGACAUAGUAGACGUCCCCAAGGCUGUUUCUUAUAUCCAGCAGUGUGAAAACCUGGAUGGAGGUUACGGAAUUCACCCCGGAGCGGAAUCCCAUGCGGGUCAGAUUUUCACUUGCGUAGGGGCCCUCUCCAUUGCCGGUCGGCUGGACCUUAUCAACAAGGACCGCCUAGGCGCCUGGCUCAGUGAGAGACAGUUGGACAACGGCGGCCUUAACGGACGCCCUGAGAAGUUGGAAGACGUGUGUUACAGUUGGUGGGUGGGGACUAGCUUAGCGAUGAUUGAUCGACUUCAUUGGAUUGACGGCGACAAGCUGGCCUUAUUUAUCUUGCGUUGUCAGGACCCGGAGUCUGGAGGCUUUGCAGAUCGACCUGGUGAAAUGGUUGAUGUUUUCCAUACGGUAUUCGGCCUUGCAGGCUUGAGCCUGUUGAAAUUUGAUGGCAUCAAGGAAGUAGAUCCUAUCUAUUGUAUGCCAAAAGAAAUAACAACGAAAUGUUUGGCGAGGUAACAGUGACAGCUUUUGAACAGACAUUCUGUUGAAGUUCUCUUUGGAAGUCGUAGUGGUGGUCACCUCCUGCAAUCUAAUAGCCCAUUUCCCUUGGUUUCAUGGAUCUGGGAUACAAGGCAGGAGAAGAGUAUUCCUCUGUGUCUUUCUAUCCGCUUCAUACCACACCUACCUGUGGCCCGUCAACAUAAGGCCAGCUAAGUUGCAGAGGGACAUUCUCUAGUAACAAAGUAGAUCUGUGAAUGAAAAAAAU